AUGAUAAACAAUUUAGUUUGCCAAAUAAAAGACAACUGGAAAAAUAAAUUAAUGUUAUUUAUUUCUCUAGGACAACCGUCAAAAAUUGCUGCUUUCUCUGGUAAUGGUUUCAUUUUAAAUAAAUUAAAAAAUCGACCAAUUACAAGUACUGAAGAAAGAAUUGAAAUUGAAUUUCAAACGAAACAAUCAAAUUCAAGUUUGUUUUGUGCAGGUAGUGAAACGCAAUUACUUCGUUUAGAUAUAGUCAACGGGCUACUCAAAGUAUUUCUACACUUGCCAAUCACCGAAACAGACAUUCAAUUAAAUUUAGCAGAAGGAAAUAAUGCAAUUACUCAAAAUCAUGGCAUUUACCGAAAGAACAAACUAUCAAGUUUAUUUCAGUUGGAUAUAUUGAUUCAAUCGAAACUAGACCCAACAUUACGACUAGACGAUAACCAAUGGCAUUCUAUAAUAUUGGCAAGAUCAAACUCAUUGUUACAAGUAUACAUAGAUAACGACUUGGUAUUUACACGUCUGCUUGGUCCAUCUAAUUAUCAACGUUUAUAUUUAUUACAUACACAAAUUAUUGUUUUAGGUGGACCAUAUAAAUUAGGUGAUAUAUUUCAAAUGAAUUCAAUUGAGAUUGUAUCAGAUAAUAAUUUUAUCGGUUUUAUUUCUAAAGCGGUUUUUCAAGCUGACUCACUUGAAAUGAAUAUUCUAGAAUUUACUUUAUCUAAUUUACAUGGUUUUCGAAUUCAAUCAAUAUACCCUUUAACAAAUAAAACUUAUCAUCAUCAUCAUCAUAUUAUCAAACUAAUGAAAUUCAAUCUUAUACUAUUGAACCUAUUGAAUUUAUACAAAUAUGUCAUUUAA